CGGGCACGGGUCUGAGACCGUGGGAGGAAGGGGUGACUGCGGCCGCCCGAGGGGUCCUAGAGUGGAGGUGUCACCGGUUGCACAAACACCCCCGGGCCCUCGGAGGCCCAAAGAGGCUCCCCAGGGCCCCUGAACCAGCCGAAGGCCAAAGCAAGGACCCGGUGGGGCAUGCACGGGGCCCCAGGUCGGGCUGCCUUCCAGGCCAGGCCCGGCCGCUUCUUCAAGAGGUCACUGCCCACCUUGCCUGGCCACUUGCAGCCCUCCGUUUCCUCGGUGGCCCGGGUACCCAGCGGAAUGACUGGCAGAGAGGAUGCCGUGACCCUGGCAGUGGGAGGGGUUAGAGGAGAGCCUUGGGCCCCCCCGGCAUCCACCCUGCGAGGUGGCUCCAGAGCCCCGCUGGUGAGGAGGUGGGAGGGGUGCCUGCAAGCAAGUCUGCAGGCUGGGGACUGGGUGUGGUUGGGGGCAAAGCAGCCCGGUCCCCACCCUGCCGCCCACCUGUCACCCCUGCCAGUUCUCUGUGCCUCCAAACCCAGAGCAGCCCGGGAGGUGCCACUGCCUAGGGAGCAGAGCAGGCCACGUGUCUGUCCUUGUCCGGGACCCAGGCUGGGCACAGGCUCUGCCCAUUCUCGGAAUAGCCGGUCUUGGGUUGGCCGCUGGGCUGGGCCCCUGCUCUUCUUUCUUGCCCGUGGCUCUGUGGCCUCCUGCGUGGAGCUCACAGGCGCCUGCUGGAGAGCCGGCAGCACGCAGCCCAGACGGGGAAGGACGCAGCCGUAACUCAGCCCCAUGGUGCAGGUGGAAUUCUACGUCAAUGAAAACACCUUCAAGGAGCGGCUCAAGCUGUUCUUCAUCAAAAACCAAAGAUCCAGCCUGAGGAUCCGGCUGUUCAACUUCUCCCUGAAGCUGCUCACCUGCCUGCUGUACAUAGUCCGCGUCCUGCUCGACGACCCUGCCCUGGGCAUCGGAUGCUGGGGCUGUCCGAAGCACAACUACACCUUCAAUGAAUCAUCCUCCGAGAUCAACUGGGCCCCCAUCCUGUGGGUGGAGAGGAAGAUGACUCUGUGGGCCAUUCAGGUCGUCGUGGCCAUCAUCAGCUUCCUGGAGACCAUUCUUCUCAUUUACCUCAGCUACAAGGGCAACAUCUGGGAGCAGGUCCUGCGCGUAUCCUUCGUCCUGGAAAUGGUCAACACGCUGCCCUUCAUCAUCACGAUAUUCUGGGCGCCGCUGCGCAACCUCUUCAUCCCCGUCUUUCUCAACUGCUGGCUCGCCAAGCACGCCCUGGAGAACAUGAUCAACGACUUCCACCGUGCCAUCCUGCGCACGCAGUCGGCCAUGUUCAACCAGGUGCUCAUCCUCUUCUGCACGCUGCUGUGUCUGGUCUUCACGGGGACCUGCGGCAUCCAGCACCUGGAGCGUGCAGGCGACAACCUGUCUCUCCUGACGUCCUUCUACUUCUGCAUCGUCACCUUCUCCACCGUGGGCUACGGGGACGUGACGCCCAAGAUCUGGCCGUCCCAGCUGCUCGUGGUCAUCAUGAUCUGCGUGGCCCUCGUGGUGCUCCCGCUGCAGUUUGAGGAGCUUGUCUACCUGUGGAUGGAGCGACAGAAGUCGGGGGGCAACUACAGCCGCCACCGGGCCCAGACGGAGAAGCACGUGAUCCUGUGCGUCAGCUCCCUCAAGAUCGACCUGCUCAUGGACUUUCUGAACGAGUUCUACGCCCACCCGAGGCUGCAGGACUAUUACGUGGUCAUCCUGUGCCCCACCGAGAUGGACAUCCAGGUGCGCAGGGUCCUGCAGAUCCCCCUGUGGUCCCAGCGGGUCAUCUACCUCCAGGGCUCCGCACUCAAGGACCAGGACCUCAUGCGGGCCAAGAUGGACAACGGGGAGGCCUGCUUUAUCCUCAGCAGCCGGAAUGAGGUGGACCGCACCGCGGCGGACCACCAGACCAUCCUGCGUGCCUGGGCUGUGAAGGACUUUGCCCCCAACUGCCCCCUCUACGUCCAGAUCCUCAAGCCCGAGAACAAGUUUCAUGUCAAGUUUGCAGACCACGUGGUGUGUGAGGAGGAGUGCAAGUUCGCCAUGCUGGCCCUGAACUGCAUCUGCCCGGCCACAUCCACCCUCAUCACGCUGCUGGUGCACACGUCGCGUGGCCAGGAAGGCCAGGAGUCGCCGGAGCAGUGGCAGCGCAUGUACGGGCGCUGCUCGGGGAACGAGGUCUACCACGUCCGCAUGGGGGACAGCAAGUUCUUCCAGGAGUAUGAGGGCAAGAGCUUCACCUACGCCGCCUUCCACGCCCACAAGAAGUACGGCGUGUGCCUCAUCGGCCUGAAGCGGGAGGACAACAAGAGCAUCCUGCUGAACCCGGGGCCCCGGCACAUCCUGGCCGCCUCCGACACCUGCUUCUACAUCAAUAUCACCAAGGAGGAGAACUCGGCCUUCAUCUUCAAGCAGGAGGAAAAGCAGAAGAGGCGGGGCCUGGCGGGGCAGGGGCUGUACGAGGGCUCGGCCCGCCUGCCCGUGCACAGCAUCAUCGCCUCCGUGGGGACCGUGGCCAUGGACCUCCAGAACGCCGAGUGCCGGCCGGCCCAGAGCGGCGGGGGCUGCGCGGGCAGCAAGCUGGCACUCCCCACGGAGAACGGCUCGGGCAGCCGGCGGCCCAGCAUCGCGCCCGUCUUGGAGCUGGCCGACACCUCGGCCCUGCUGCCCUGCGAUCUGUUGAGUGACCAGUCGGAGGACGAGAUGCUGCCGUCGGAGGACGAGGGGCUGUCCAUGGUGGAGUACGUGAGGGGCUAUCCCCCCAACUCGCCUUACAUUGGCAGCUCCCCCACCCUGUGCCACCUUCUGCCCGUGAAGGCCCCCUUCUGCUGCCUGCGGCUGGACAAGGGCUGCAAGCACAACAGCUACGAAGACGCCAAGGCCUACGGCUUCAAGAACAAGCUGAUCAUCGUCUCGGCCGAGACGGCGGGCAACGGGCUCUACAACUUCAUCGUGCCGCUGCGGGCCUACUACCGGCCCCGCAGGGAGCUCAACCCCAUCGUGCUGCUGCUGGACAACAAGCCCGACCACCACUUCCUGGAGGCCAUCUGCUGCUUCCCCAUGGUCUACUACAUGGAGGGCUCCGUGGACAACCUGGACAGCCUGCUGCAGUCGGGCGUCAUCUACGCCGACAACCUGGUGGUGGUGGACAAGGAGAGCACCAUGAGCGCCGAGGAGGACUACAUGGCCGACGCCAAGACCAUCGUCAACGUGCAGACCAUGUUCCGGCUCUUCCCCAGCCUCAGCAUCACCACGGAGCUCACCCACCCGUCCAACAUGCGGUUCAUGCAGUUUCGCGCCAAGGACAGCUACUCCCUGGCUCUCUCCAAACUGGAAAAGAGGGAGCGGGAAAACGGCUCCAACCUGGCCUUCAUGUUCCGCCUGCCGUUCGCCGCCGGCCGCGUCUUCAGCAUCAGCAUGCUGGACACGCUGCUCUAUCAGUCCUUCGUCAAGGACUACAUGAUCCCCAUCACCAGGCUGCUGCUCGGCCUGGACACCACGCCGGGCUCCGGCUACCUCUGUGCCAUGAAGAUCACGGAGGAGGACCUGUGGAUCCGGACGUACGGGCGCCUCUUCCAGAAGCUGUGCUCCUCCAGCGCCGAGGUGCCCAUCGGCAUCUACCGCACCGAGAGCCACGUCUUCUCCUCGGAGCCCCACGACCUCAGAGCCCAGUCCCAGAUCUCAGUGAGCGUGGAGGAUGGCGAGGACACGCGGGACGUGAAGGGGUCCUGGGGCGCGCGGGUGGGUACCGGUGGCGGCAGUGCCCACGGCAAGCACGCGGCGGGCGGUGACCCGGCCGAGCACCCGCUCCUGCGGCGCAAGAGCCUGCCGUGGGCGCGGAGGCUGAGCCGCAAGGGCUCCCGGCCCUCGGGGAAGGCGGCGGCCGAGUGGAUCAGCCAGCAGCGGCUCAGCCUGUACCGGCGCUCGGAGCGGCAGGAGCUGUCCGAGCUGGUCAAGAACCGCAUGAAGCACCUGGGGCUGCCCACCACCGGCUACGAGGAUGUAGCAAAUUUAACAGCCAGUGACGUCAUGAAUCGGGUAAACUUGGGAUAUUUGCAAGACGAGAUGAAUGACCACCAGAACACCCUCUCCUACGUGCUCAUCAACCCCCCACCCGACACGCGGCUGGAGCCCAACGACAUCGUGUAUCUCAUCCGCUCCGACCCCUUGGCCCACGUGGCCAGCGGCUCCCAGAGCCGGAAGAGCAGCUGCAGCAACAAGCUGGCCUCCUGCAACCCGGAGACGCGGGACGAGACGCAGCUCUGAGCAGCCAGGGGCCCUGCCCGGCCGAGCCGCGGGAUGCACGAGCCUGCGGACCGUCACAGGGCCCGGGCCGCCCACCCCCCCGGCGCUGCUCCCGAUCCGACCGGAGGGAGUGGGCCUCGGCCGGGGUGAGGGGCGCAGCGGCCCCGGGCACCACGGGACGCUGGUCGGGAGCCUUUUUAGACCUGUUUUUACAAGUCCACACAAUCCAUGUCCCUUUACACAAAUGCACCGCAACUCGUGACCGUGACCGAGCCGGGCCAAGGUGCAGGGAGGGGCUGGCCUAGACCACCCGACGGGCGUGUUCCCACGCGGGGCCCCCCCUCCCCCCACACGUCCUCCGCCGGCUCAGCUGUGAGGGUCUGGCCCAGGUCGGGCGGCGAGGGGAGCACUUCCCAGAGGAAAUGGGGAGCUUGGCAGAGCCCCUCGCCCAGGCCAGGCGCGCCAGGAGACCCCAGAGGGGCCCCGCGACCAGACGCGGACCUUUCGCCUGUUUUUAUGCGGAUCUCCCGCAGCCCUUUCAACCCAAGACCUGAAGCACAACCACCCAGGCCGCCUCCUGCCGAGGGAGGGACUCUGGGCGUCUCCGCGGGUCCCCUGUGCCUGUUUGUGCCGGGAUGUGCCUGCUCAGUGCUGGAAGCUUGUAUUAAAUGGACGUGCUCUGCAGAC